AUUGGUCAAUCUGGGUUUGAUAUACCGGGUGAUGGCUACUAUUUAACUACUUUUAAAGAAGAUGAACAAAUUGGGAAAGGUGGUUUUGGUACAGUAAUCAAAGUAAAACACAAAUAUGAUGAAAUUGACAACAAGUAUCAAGAUGAAACGCUACGAGAAUUGGUAAGCUUGGCUAAUGUGCGAUCUGAGUUUGUGGUCCUAUAUUUUAAUUCGUGGUGCGAAGAAAACUACCUAAACAUACAAAUGGAGUACUGUUCCCAAAGUUUACGGAAUAUUCUCGCGGAUAAACUAAACAUAUUUGACCGCCAAAAGGGACAACCACUCAAUCUGUGCGAGUACUUCGUGUCGUACGAAAUGCUACGCGAGCUCUUAGAAUGUGUUCAGUAUUUGCAUGAACUGAAUCCACCGAUCAUUCACCGGGACCUCAAACCCGACAAUAUAUUAAUUGCUGAUAAACCUAGGACAGGUAGGUUUAUAAAGCUUUGUGAUUUCGGGUUGGCUACUGUUCACGAAGCCUCUAUGAGUCACACGAAAAAUGUCGGGACAUUUAGAUACAUGGCGCCAGAAUUGCAUGAUUCAAACUAUACCUUGAAAGCUGACAUUUAUAGCCUUGGUGUUAUUGCACAGGACUUGUUUGACUUGCCUUUA